AUGACCACCGCCCCGAUCGGCGUCCCGGCCCCGGGCACCAUUCUCCUCCUGCCCUCAGAUCCCCUCACGGCAGCCGAUCGCACGGACUCUCCUCUCCAGUGGGUGCCCUUCUACAAUGCCGGCAUGUGUUCCUUUUCCGUGAUCACCAAGGCCCCUGAGGGGGCCGGCCCGCCCGCCGCGGUUCAUAUCCUUUUGCAUGUCGGCCCUCGGGCGUACCUCCUCUCCUGCGAGGCAGCGACGCAUGGCCGCUUCGACCCGCAACACCCCUGUCCCGGCCUGGCAGUCGAUCGUCUUCCGGACCAUGGCACCUCCGCCGGGCUGGUUCUCCGCCAGGUGGCCACCCUCCUGCCCCCGCCGAAGCCCCUGGGCUCUGGUGCCCCCGCGCGCAUGGAUUACUUCCAAACCGCCAAGCAGAGCCCGCAACUGGGCCUGCUCGAUGAGCUGACCGCGGUGGAGAGGCUCCCAACCGCCGUGCCCCUCUGGGCUCACUGGCUCCCGGCCGCCGGCGGCAGCGCCUCCGCCAUCGGGGCCACAUCCGCCGAGCCAGUCCUGGCGGAGCCCCCGCCUGGCGGCCUGCAUCUCUACCCCGCCGGCCCUUGGACCCCGGCACACAUUCCCACUCCGCCGACCGAUCUCCAGGGGGAUGGCCGCUGGUUCAACUUGGCCUCCGGCGUGUUGACCGCCUGCCUGGAUCGGCUGCAUGGGCACCGGCAACUUUUGCGCGCGGCGUCCCCCUCGCCGGCCCGGCUCCGGCCGGUCAUCCUCCUGGCCGGCGACAGCAUCGCCCAGCAGCUUGGCCGCAGUGAAGCCUGGGCUCGUCGCUGCGCCGGGACUUGGUCUGCCCCGCCGCUGUCCCCGGCCGGUCUCCCGCCGCUGGUGCUCGAAUUCGGCCUCGGUGGGGACCAAACACAGCACCUCCUCCUGCGUCUGGCUGGGAUCAAGAAUGCCCUGCGCCUGACUGCCGCCCGGGCACGCAUCCUUGGUCCAGCUGAUUCGAGACCAUCCCUUGCCACAUCGGGCGUGUCCCCCACGUCAGGACAGGCCUGUCCACUCAACCUGACUGGCAUACUGAUUGUCGGCACCAACAAUGCCUUCCACAGGCCGGAUGAGGUGGCUCGCGGGAUUCACGAAGCCGCCCUCGAGCUGGGCCGAGUUCUAGUCCAGGCACUCGGCUUCCUCUGCCCCGAUCCGGAGGCCAGCGUCUCAUCGGGGCCUGCCGGCACGCCGCACCACCACAUCCGGGUUUUGGUGUGUGGCAUCCCGCCUCGCGGCGAGACGGACAAUGCGGCGCGCCAACGCGCGGCCCAGACCAACGCGAUUCUCCGCCACAUGCUUGCCCGGCCCACAUCGCCACAAACGGCCCCAGUCGAAAUUGUCCCCCUCUGGGACCCAUUCCUCACGGCGCCCCCGACUGCGGUCGCGAAUGAGACGGCAGGCCCCUUCCGCCAGGCCGGCAUCGAUCGCCUGACUCGUGACACCCUCUACACUGACAUGCUACACUUCACCGAACAGGGCCAUGCGACCAUUUGCGACGCCCUGGAUCGGCACAUCUCUCGUGCGAAUGCCGGCCAGUGAGCCGUCCCUCAGGGGGGGAGGGAGCCUCUCAAUGCCUGGACCCAGGCCUCGCCCCCUUUGGCUAACAUUGGCAAUGUCACACUUUUCAAUACACGCUUCAGGAUGGAAAA